UCAGCUGUUCGCCCGUGUCGCCGGGUGAUGACGUAGUAGCCUGCGUUUCUUCCCGUCGCAGCUUCGUCUUGUUGUUGUUGUUGUUGUUGCUUCAAACUCCAAACGUCGGGGUUUCGUCCAGAAGCUGCAGCCGCCGGAGGCUCCAGGUGAAUCCGCAGGGAUGCACACGGAGGUGCGCCGGCUCCACGUCUCCUCCCAGCCCGAUGACUCCGCCUACUUCCUGCGCGUGGACUGGAGGGGGUGGAGCUUAGCUACGGGCUUCCAGCUGCUGCUGACGGACGGACGGGAGGCGUGGAGAGGAGGAGUGACCCAGGAGGAGGUGCGUCAGGAGGCCGAGGAGCUGGAGAUGGAGACGGACCGAUACGUCCAGGACCUCCUUCAGGCUCUGACCACGGAGGACACGUCCUCCUACAGCUUCACCCUGACGCCUCCUCCCCCCGUCCACAGCUCCACCCUCACCCUGGACUACGACAAGAAGCAGCAGGACAUCUCAUUCAGACUGGGCUCCGUCCAGCUGAAGGCCGUCGCUGAGCCGGUGGAGGCGGUGAGGGAGUUCCUGACCCACAGUCUGCAGAGAGGAACCGUUCUGCACCAGCACAACCAGGAACUGGAGGAGGAGAACCAGAGGCUGAGAGGAGAACAUCAGCGCAUCGCUGCAGAGAUGCAGCGAUACGUCGGAGGUAAGGAGGCGCUGGAGGAGGAGCUGUUCUCUCGCUUCGUCCUGGUCCUCAAUGAGAAGAAGAUGAAGAUCAGGAGUCUCCAGGAGACCGUCACCAGCCUCCAGGAGACCAGGAGCUCCGAUAAAGAACAGAAGAAGACGACGAAGAAGAAGGAGAAGAAGAAGAAUGAGGAGGAGGAGGAGGGCUCAGUGAAGUCAGCUGACGAUGAAGAGGCUGAGGAUGAUGACUAUGGAGGGAGCACUGAUGAAGAGGCACCAGAGGAGGAGGAGGAGAAGAUGAAACGUCCUCCAGCCUCCGAACCAUCGUCCCGGGAUCCCUCUACUCCGAGCCCAUUGGACGACAGCCUCAGUGACAUCACAGACGUGGCGCCCUGUCGGAAGCGGCGUUUUCGUCAGCUCCGGUCGGCCCCGGAGGCCCCGGCGGCGGCGGCGAGGGCGGAGUCACGGCAGCAGAGCUCGGACCAGAAGAAGAAGAAGAGGUCUUCCAUAGGGAGGGCUGAGAGCAGGAGGCGCAGGAGGCGCAGGAGGAGGAGGAGGAGGAGGAGGAGGGACUAAAUGAAGGCCACAUGAACAGAAGAAGAUUGAUGGCUAGUUAAAGGCAUUGCUCAACGUUUUGAGAAAUAGUUGCUUGACAUCGAGUUGCUUUGUCCUGCAAAUGGUUUAACGUUGGAAACGUCUUCUGUUUGGUUAGAAAAGACUCGAGUGGAGGACGUCAUCCACUCACAGGUUAAAUACUGUGAGGUUCCAAAGACCAGACAGAUCAUAGAGCACAAAAAUCUGUUCUUAAAUAAAGUUGGCCCUUUGUAGCCUCCUCAAGUGUUUUCUAGAGUCGACAGGAUCCAGUCCAGUAAAUGUUCUGGUUCUCCAGCGCUGCCAUAAACUCCCUAACUCUCUCUGCAAGAUUAGUCUCCAGGAAACUUUUCUUUUACAUGUUCAGUGUUUGUUGUUGUUUGGCUGCAGCCUUUAACCCUCCGGAGUCGAUGGUUCGUCCAAAUCACGUGACCAGUUUAAGACGAUGUAGCAGCAGGAAGCAGCGUCGCUGAGUCUCUGUUUCAACGUUAGUAGAAAGUGAUAACUUCAACCUCAUUAGGAAGCAAAGCGCUAGCAAGCAGAUAUCACCAGCCAGCUUCAAAUGCAAGAACAAAACACAACAUAACAGCCUCUUUCCUAUUGGUGGAACAUGCAUCCAUCAACCAAUCGGGACAUGAUGUGUCAGUGGUUGCUAAGCAACAGUGAGGCUAUAUUCAGUCUAUGGAGACAGGAGACAGUUUAGAGACAUUUAGACAUUAUUACUGGUUGGACACCUGAUAGUUUGUAAAUUGUUGUAAAUAGUUGCCCCCUGCAUUUUAAUGGAAAUAGUUGUAAAUAACUUUGUUGUCAUAAGCUUUUGAAAUUUACACCUUAGAUUUACAGUCAAGUUAUAGAAAUGUUUGGUUCAACAUGUUUGUGGUUUUCAUAGUGAAAAAUCAAACUUUUUCCUACUGGGAUUUGAUGGUUUUAGUUUGGUUUUAGGUCUAAUGUGUUAAUACAGUUUGUCACAAUGAAAACAUAAUUGUAAAAUGACACAGGUGAGGCUGAGCUGAAAAGAACGAACCGAACAAGGCAACAAAACGCUACAAGGUUCAGCUUCAGCCAGAACACAACACGUUUUAAAGACGUUUUCAUUCCAAAAUGCAGUUUAGAUGUAGUUUGAAUGUAUUGGUGGUACAGAACAAUGGUCUCCUAUUCCCAUUGAUACUGCUGCUACUACUACUACUACUACUGCUACUACUGCUACUACUACUACUACUACUACUACUACUACUACUGCUACUACUACUACUACUACGUCUUUUUCUGGUUCUUCUUCACAAAUUUAUAAAUGUCAGUCUGAUGUUUAGUUUGGCAGCUGCGACGCUACACGACAGCUAUCCAAACAGUAGAAGAAGAACGCUACAGGGACACGGUUUAUUUUUGGUAAAACUAGAGAAGUUCAGACUUGGCUGAAGCCUGAUUCUGAUCCGAACAUUUUAAAAAUGCUUUGAUAAAAACAGCCCAACUAAUUAUUUAUGGACUUAAUGGAUAUUGUAUUGAUUGAUAUAUGUCAUCGUGCUAAGCUAAGCUAAGCUAAGCUAACAACAUCCUCCUUAGAGAUUUACUUCUGUUCCAAAGUGUUUCUCUAACGAGGGUUUAACACUUCCUCAGACGACUUCUAUAAACUGCUGAUCUUGAGAUUUUCAUUUCUGACUCACUUUGGUUCCUGUUAAGUGUUUGUGUACUCGCAGGACACUUUUCCCAUGAAAUGAAAGUCCUUCACACACACACACACAGAAACUGCUGCUGUAAACCAUCAAACAUCGCUGCUGGCCAUCACAGAUAAUCACUACAAGACCACUGAAGCCAAACCCCCUCCUGUGGGUUUGCGUUGUGCUUGGUACUGGGACCUGUUGUGUUUCUACUGUGUAGUGUGAGAGGUUUCCUUCACUGCGCCAGGACGACGGCAGCAAACCUUCACGAACCACGUCCACAACAACCGAUCAUGAUGCUGCUCAGAUUCUAGAGAAAGUUGAGUUCUUGUUGUGUUAAUUCAGUGAUGUGGUUGUGUCGUAGCCUGAUGUUCACCUUCCUACGAACUAAACUACGUAACAGUGUUCAUCAUCGUAAUGAAUUGGAAAUAUUUUUGCACAACGUUUGGGUGUGAUUGCCCUCAAAAGCGUCUCAACCCCCUCGAUUUAACCUGACAGAGAAAACAAGCACAGUUCAGUCCACUUACACUUAGUUUAUUCCAUUUGACCAGAAAACCACGUGUUACGUUCAGGUACAUACUCUGAACAGGCUGCUAAACGUUUCUAAAUCCUAAAUUAACGUCAUUACGGUAACUUAAUGACGAACUCUUAUUCUACGUGCAGACAUUUCAUUAACUGUAUGAAUUGUUUUUAAUUGGUGGGAUCGUAUCAUAAUUUAAAAAAAAAAAUAACACAAAUAAAACACCAGGUCUCUUGUCACAAAGUGAUUAUGUCAUUAACAGAAGCUCAAAUGAUGUAAAGAAUAAAAUCCUGAUAAAAAUAUCUGUCACCUUCAGGCUCAUUUAAAGUGCUGCCGGACACUCGCUGUGUUUCCAUUACAGCUUUUCACAAAAUAAAAGCAGUAUUUCUCAAAUUUUGAUAAAAUCCAGUUGUUUCCAUUGAAAGGUGUUUUGUGAAUAAGCUGUAAAGGCUACAUAUCUGGGGAUAUCCCAUAAUUCUCUUAAAUUCCCAUCACUUUGAGGAAGAUGCAUCAUCUCCAGUCCUGAUGGGGAAACACCAAUAAAGUGUUUCCAUUGCACUUCUGAGAUAAACUUUUACAUCGAUACGUCUGAAAAACCUCCUC